AGAGGGGCGGCCACCAUGGGGCCCGGGAGGCGAGUCAGGGUCGCCAAGUGCCAGAUGCUGGUCACCUGCUUCUUUGUCUUGCUGCUGAGCCUCUCGAUGGCCACUGCAACGGCUCUCCUUCACCUCGAGGACCGCUUCGCUGUGGUCAGGCGUGCAUCCCUGGACAGCAACCCGUGGGAGGCCGUGCACCGCUGGGUCUUCUCCCUGGGGAUCAGCCUGGCGGGCCUGCUGAGCCUGGGAGCCGCCCUGAGUGCCRCAGCCACCGUGAGAGAGGCGCCAGGCCUCCUGGCCACGGGCUUCCUGUGCUUCRCCCUGGUGUUCUGCAGCCUGGUGCAGGUGGCCUACUGGAGGUUCCACAACCCCACCCAGGUGGAGGAUGCCAUGCUGGACACCUACGACCUGGUGUAUGAUCAGGCGGUGAGGAGCCCGUCCAGCAUCCAGUGGCCGGAGCUGGCUGCCAUCCAGGACACGUUUCUGUGCUGUGGAAAGAGGUCCCCUUUCCAGCUUCUGGGGAGCAGGGAAGCCGACCCGUGUUGGGGCAAGGAGGCAGCGAGAGAGGACUGUCUGCAGAGCAUCAGGAGCUUCCUGAAGACACCGCAGAACGUUGCCUUCAUGCUAACCAGCACCGGCCUGGCCCUCAUGGUCUAUGCCAUGCUGCUCAGCUCCUUCCUCUGCUUUGCCGUCUGCUCCGGCCGUGGCUUGGACCGCAGAGACAAAUACACCCUGACUCCACGAGCCUGUGGCUGCCAGGCCCAGGAACCCAGCCGCUUCACACUCUCCCAGGGUGGACCUGUACCUCGACGCUCCUCUGAAGCAGAGGCUCUUGCUGGCCAUCGGGGUCCAAGAGGAUGCUUGCAUGACCCUCAUCGGCUCCAGAGCUAACCCUCUGAUUCCACCCUGUCCUGCCACCCAUCUGCCCCCAGACGGGAGGCCCCAGCCACAGGCCCCACAGGACCCGUAAGGAAGAUGAGCUCCGUCCUUCAGGUGGACAGUAUGGGGAAGACCGGCCAGAU